ACAAUGAAGAGCUGGCAGUUGGUAGAUUGGGUCGACAGCAGGCUAGAUCAUCCGAAGAUAUUUGCGCCAGACGAACAAUUGCAAAACAGUUUUAAGCUUUCAUAGAAAAGUCUACGUUUGAGCGUGGUUUGAGACGAAAGUUCAACUUUACUUUUGUGGGACGUGGGCGUGGUCCAGGAGCAUAUACCGUACGGUAUAGUACGCCCCUUAUUAUCAUCACGUGAUAAUUUUUGGGAAGGCAAUUUUGUAACAAAACAUUGUGCAGCCUACGCGGGUCUAACUUAGUUUAACCUUUACUUUUAGUUUAGCGCCCGGGACAAACAAUUUCUGUACGAAGGUGAAGCACUGGUCUACAGAAUUCAUACAACUGAGUAUUAACAUCUGAGAGUUAGUUGACCCAGCAAUUGACCUUUGACCUCGUAACCAUGGAUAUGCCUGGUGAGGGCUACAAGGAUGGUAAAAUCAGGAUCUCCCGCAAUACUGCCAUUCUGAUCGUCUGUACAUACGGUAGUUCCCUCCUCCUCGUCGGUCUGCUGUGUGGGCUUCUACCUGCCGAUGAUCCGUCCUGCAAUAUAGUAGUGCCUGAACCUUCAGAGCCACCCAGUGAACCUGCAGUCACAACAAAACCCUUAAUGACAACAAAGGCUUCAGUGACCACCGAAAGUGCAGAACCUACCCGCUCCCCAACAAGUGCCCCAGAACCUUGGGAGAGCCUUCGACUGCCAACAACCCUGAUACCCUCCCAUUAUGACAUUGAGCUCCGGAUCGACAUCGAUGACCAGCAGAGGUUCGAGGGCACCAUCACCAUCAUCAUGGAGUGCCGCGAGAGCACCGACCUUCUCCUACUGCACAGUAAGGAGCUGGAAAUCCUGGAUGAUACUUGGUCGAUGACGGCAGUUGUUGACGGUUCCGACGUGCCUCUGAAGGAUGCUCCGCGGUUGUUCCCGGCCAACCAGUAUCUCAUCGUAGAGCUUGAUGAGAUGCUUACUCCAGGACAAAAUUACACUUUCACCAUCAAGUUCAAAGCACCACUUGAAGAUGGAUUGGUGGGACUGUACCGGAGUUCGUAUCAGGCAAGUGACGGGACGCCAAGGUACCUGGCAACCACAUUCUUUGCCCCUACUGACGCACGCAAGGCUUUUCCCUGCUUUGAUGAACCUGCCAUGAAGGUCACUUUCAACUUGACCUUGAUCCAUCAAGAUGGCUACCUCGCCCUUGGCAACAUGCCCAUCCUCAGCACAACUCCAGAGGAGACUGGAUGGACUCGAUCCAUCUUUGACAAGAGCGUCCCUAUGUCCACCUAUCUUGUCUGUUUUGUGGUUUGUGACUUUGUUGCAAAGAACACCACAACCAGUAAUGAUGUCUUGCUAAGUGUAUGGGCAAGGGAAGAUGCCAGCGAUUCAUUGGACUAUGCACUUGAGAAGGGUGCUCAAGUUUUGGACUUUUUUGAUGGCUACUUUGGAACAAAUUUUCCACUUCCAAAGAUGGAUAUGAUUGCUAUACCAGACUUUGCAGCUGGAGCCAUGGAGAACUGGGGUCUUAUCACCUACCGUGAAUCAGCUCUUCUCUACACCCCUGGGGUAUCGUCAGCAAGUAACAAACAGAGGGUCUGUGCCAUCGUUGCUCAUGAACUUGCCCAUCAGUGGUUUGGUAACUUGGUUACACUAGAGUGGUGGGAUGAUACAUGGCUCAAUGAGGGCUUUGCUUCGUACGUCGAGUAUCUUGGAGCUGACGCAGCUGAACCAGAUUGGGGAAUGACAGAUCAGUUUGUUGCGGCCGAUUUCCAAACUGCUCUUGACGCAGAUGCCCUCAUUACUUCUCGGCCGAUCAUCGUUGACGUGGAAACACCUGAUGAUAUCAAUCAACAGUUUGAUACCAUCUCCUAUAAUAAGGGUGCCUCCAUUCUUAGGAUGUUACAGAACUUCUUAGGAGAGGAGACAUUCAAGAAAGGAUUAGCGAACUACCUCAAGGAGUUUGAAUAUUCUAACGCAAAGAACACAGAUUUAUGGAGAGUGUUGACUGAGGCUGCAGUAGAAGAUGGAAAAGAAGACAUAAAGGUUGAGGAUAUUAUGAGAACCUGGACAGAACAGAUGAACUAUCCUAGCAUCAAUGUGACUCGUGAUUAUAACACAGGGUUCACGCUUAGUCAGGAUCGGUUUCUUAUCAACCCUGGUGCUAAUGCAACAACAGAUUAUGAUGAUUUAGGAUACAUUUGGUAUGUCCCUUUUAAGUACACCACAAAUGAUACUCGAAACUACACUGAACCAACAUUGGAAUGGAUUGAACCUAGUAUGGCAUCAGUAUCUGUUGCCUUUGAUGAUGGGACGGCAGCUGAUGACUGGCUUCUUGCUAAUGUGAAUGGCUAUGGGUUCUAUAGGGUGAACUAUGACACAGAGAACUGGGAACUUAUCAGUAAACAACUCACAGCAGACCAUGAGGUUAUUCCCAUCUCCAGUCGAGCAGCUCUGAUCAGCGAUGCCUUUAGCCUUGCUGUGUCAGGUCAACUCAGUCAGGUCACGGCCUUUAACCUGACAUUUUACCUGGAGGACGAACGGGAGUAUGUUCCAUGGAGUGUUCUGAAUAGGGUCAUGGGGUACAUUGACCUCAUGCUCAGCAGGUCACCAGCAUAUGGAUUGUUCUCGACCUAUAUGAGACAACAAGUAGAACCCUUCUAUGAAUACGUUGGUUGGAAUGACAGCGCUGGAUCCCAUCUUGAUCAACAAGGCCGUGUGAUAGCGAUUAGUCUAGCAUGUGGAUAUGGAAAUGAAGACUGUGUAAAUACAGCUAUAAAUUACUAUGCAACAUGGAUGAAUGAUUCAGACAACAAUCCAGUUCCUCCAAAUCAGAAAUCUCGCGUGUACUGCACGGCCAUCUCCGCAGGGGGUCAAGAGGAAUGGGACUUUGCUUACAGAGAAUACCUCCGAACCCCCGUUGCCACGGAGAAGAACAUCCUUCUGGCAGGCAUGGGGUGCAGUAAGAAACCGUGGAUCCUCAAAUCGUACCUAGAUUUAAGCGUCGCCCCCAACGGGACGAUCAAGUCUCAGGAUGCGGAGAAUGUGGCAGGAUAUGUUGCCUAUAAUCCUGUUGGUUAUGACCUCGCUUGGGACUUCUUCCGGGUCAACUGGGACUUUUACAGAAAUGAAUAUGGCAGCAGUGUAUUCCAGUUCGCCGAUCUAAUUGAAUCAGUGACGGCACAUUUCAAUACAGAAUUUCAAUUACAAGAGCUCCUGGACUUUAUUGAAACCCACCCGGACCAAGGAACUGGUUCUAGAGCCUUUGCCCAGGCUGUGGACCAGACCAGGGCUAACAUCAGAUGGAUGAAGGACUAUGAAGAAGAAGUCAUGGAGUGGUUGGAGUGGGCUGUUUCUGCCUAACUCUGUGGAUCACAACAGUGGGUAAUCUCUGCCUAACUCUAUGGAUCACAAGAGUAUGCUGUAAUGGCUCUUUCUCGCGGGGGUUUAUUUUGGUUAUUUCACCAGUCCUAUCAUACAGUCUCCUCAUCAAUGAAUGUUUGUACAUAGUAGGAAAAACAACACCACAAUUGUGAAAUUAAACCUUGCUUUUUUUUCAAACUUUCAAAAAAAACCAUGGAAAGAUGAUAUGUGCUGUAUGCUUUAUACGUGCAGGCUUCCAUUGCCAACACAACAGGCCAUCAUAGCCAACCUUUAAAGGGUGUCAUGAUGUAAAUGAAAAGGUCGUCAAGUCUAUCACUGCUGGAAUCUAUUAUAAGGGCUUUCGUGACUAGAAAUACCUCCAUGUGGCCUAACUCUUAAGGGGUGCAGUACCAUUUCAAAUUCCAUAUAAAAUGGCAUUAAAAAAUGUGUACAGUAUAUGGAAAUGAAGUACAUGUAUAUACAAAUAUGUACACCUGUACAUACCAACACACACACUCAUAUAUAUAUGUAUAUAUAUCACUUUUACGAUUGUCUUGAUAUUAAAUGGUAAUUCUAUUUUGAUAAAAGGAAUGAUAUGCAACUCAAUUUGAUCUUGCCAAUUGAUGUGAUUGUGUUAUGAAGGAUUUUGUGAUCACAAAAUGUGAUGUAAAGAUAAAAUUAUGUGUGUGAAAUUUCCUGAAAUUAAUCUAUUGAUUAAUUGUAUUGAAUAUGUUUUUAUGACUUUGAAAUGAAAAUUAGAUAUAUUUUAUUCCUCAAAUAUAUACAUGUAUAUAUAUUUUUAUGAUUGUCUUGUAUUUAACAGUAAUUCUAUUUUAAUAAAAAGAAUUAUAUGCAUCUCAAUUUGAUCUUGCUAAUUGAUACUAAAUUAUUAUGAAUGAUUAUAUGAUCUCAAAAAUUGAUGUGAAUACUAGUUAUAGUAAUGUAAGGUAUUUGUAUAGCCACAUAAUAUUAUCCAGCUUGUUAAGUGCUUAAGAUGCUCUUAUAUUACCCUGGCUAUUAAGCUAGUCUAUCGAUUCCAGUGCUCACAGCUUUUUAAGGAAUUACUUUGUGCCAUUGCUCAUUCACCUCACCUGGGUUGAAUGUUUCAAAGUCCGGAGACAUAUCCACUGGGCCGCAAUGCUCUACUAAGAGCAGAAAAUUAUGCGUGUGAAAUUUAAUCAACCUAAUAUAUUCAGUAAAUUGUAUUGUUCACAUGUAUAGUCUAACAAAAUGAAUAUAUGACUUUAAAAUGGAAAUUUAGAUAUCUUUGUAUGUUUUCUCAAAUGUAUGCAUAUUCAAUCUACUAUAUGUAUAUAUGAUUGUCUUGAUAUUGAACAGUAAUGCAAAUAAUGCACAGACCAGAGUGCAUCAGUAGUUGACAUGACAUCAGACUCAUUAAUGAUCAUCUUCCAAUAAAAUUGCAGGGAUUUUGAUACUCAUUCUAUCAUUUAUUUGGACAAAAGUAACAAUCUGCAAAUCAAUUUGUGAGAAGAAAAUCAUGUGUGUGAAAUUGAAUGAAAUUAAUUCCUUGGUGUGAAAUUUAUUGAAAUUAAUCUGUAUCCACCACAUCUUGAGAGAGGUAAAGUGAUUUUUUUAAAGGCUUGUACAUUUCCAAUCAAUGGAAUGAUUAUUGUUGUAUUAGUUAUCAAAUGGUAGUCAAUUUGAUAUUUGAUAUUUUUUGAGGGCCUGGGUAGGGGGUGGGAGAUAAGGCAUAAAAUCUAUUUAUCUAUACAUGAUAGAACCUAAUUAUUCAUAAGGUUGUAUUCUUCAAUAUUGUAGUUAUGCUUCGUCCAGUUGAAUGAUAUAGACACAAUUUGACAUGUUUUUGUAUUCAUGUACAGAGCACUUUUCAUAUUUGUGUACAUGUAUUUCAGGGAUGAAUGUUCGAUGACCAUUCCAAAUACCAUAGAUUUUUGGGUGAUCUUUGACGGUGUUUACGGAUGUGCAUAUAUGUGAGCAAUGCCUAAAUUUUAUGAAAUAUGUAAAUUGGUGUUACUUGCAUUUUUUUGCAUUUAGAGUACAUUAAUUCAACUCCUGCUAUACCUUUUUUUUUUGUAGAUUAAAGGCCACCCAGAGUUUUUUCCUCGUAUGAUGGAGGAAUAUUGUAAGUGACUUUGAAUGACAAGUGAAAUAAAAAUAUGUUUCGUCAUAAUUUGAUGAAACUGAUGACAGGUUAAUUUAUGUGCAAGAGAAAAUAUAUAUGUACACCUUACAACUCAUUUGUGACAUUGAUUUAUUUAAAGCCUCAUUUCACCAGCUUUUUUACCAAUAUUUGUGUUUUCUUUAUGAAUAUCCAUCAUGAAUUUUAAUCAAAUGUAUUUGAAAUGAAUCAAGAUUGAUAAAGAAUAUAUAUCAAGGUUACAAAUUU